CAAAAGCAAAAGUCCAACAUGUGCCAAUCAUAUAUAUAAAUACUGCAAAAGCUGCAUAAUAUCGAAAGGAACAGAAUUGAAUCAUCAAUUCCUACACAAAAGAGAUGAACUCAGAUGAAAUCAAAGAGGAGAAUGAGAAUGAGAACCACUCUCAAUAUGCCAUGCAACUUGUGACCUCGUCCGUACUCCCUAUGGUUCUCAAAGCAGCAGUUGAAUUGGGCCUUCUUGACAUCAUCGAGAGAUCAGGUCCAGGAGCUUGUCUCUCUCCGGCCCAAAUAGCUUCCCAGCUCCCAACUCAGAACCCAAAUGCCCCUAUGACUCUUGACCGAAUGCUUUGCCUUCUCUCAUCUUAUUCUCUUCUUACUUGUUCUCUUUCCCCUAACAAUAAUAAUCAUGGGAACCUCCUCAGGCUAUAUGGGUUGGGCCCAGUUGCCAAGUACUUCAUUAAAAAAGCUACUCAUGAGGGAGUUUCACUAGCACCUUUACUAUUGACCAUGCAAGACAAGGCCUACAUUGAAACAUGGUACCAUUUGAAAGAUGCAAUUUUGGAAGGAGGGCAUCCAUGUAACAGGGCACAUGGGAUGAAUAUGGUCGAAUACGUGAGGAAGGAUAUUAGAUUUGGUGAGCUUUUUAAGUUGUCAAUGAAGGAAUUUAACCCCAUAUGCAUGAAAAGGAUUUUGGAGAUUUAUCAAGGUUUUGAAGGUUUAACUUCAUUGGUUGAUGUGGGUGGUGGUGAUGGUGCCAUCCUUAACAUGAUCAUCUCUAAGUACCCUCAUAUCAAGGGUAUCAACUAUGAUUUAGCUGCUAUUCUAGAGAACUCUCCUCCAUAUCCUGGUAUUGGGCAUUGUUCAGGAGAUAUGUUUGUAAACAUUCCUAAAGGAGAAGCCAUUUUCAUGAAGUGGAUACUGCAUGGUUGGGAUGAUGAGAACUGCUUGAUGAUACUAAAGAAUUGUUAUAAAGCCUUACCUGAUUCUGGGAAAGUAAUAGUAGUGGAUAUGGUGAUAUUGGAAGCCCCAGAAUCAAGCCUAGCUGCUAGAAGCUUAUUUCAGUUCGAUAUGUUCAUGAUGAAUACCAAUCUCACAGGGAAGGAAAGAACAGAAAGAGAGUUUGAAGGUCUAGCAAAAGAAGCAGGGUUUUCGAGCAUUCGUGUGGCUUGUUCUGCUUACGAUUUUUCAGUUGUUGAACUUUUUAAAUAGACAUGAACUUUCAGAUGUUCUUUCUGAUUUUCUGUACCAUUACGCUCAAUAAAAUUGUGUUCAAUUUGAAACAUAUUAAUGUACA